AAAAAAAAAAGUUACCUAUAAUCCAUUUUCAUUGUAAGAACCACUAUCCUGUGUUGUGAUGGUUAAUUUUAUGUGUCAAUUUGGCUGGGCAUGGUGCCCAGGUAUUUGGUCAAGCAUUCUGGGUGUUUCUGUGAAGGUGUAUUUGGAUGAGAUUAACAUUUAAAUCAGUGGAGUUUUAAAGGUAAAAAGCAAGGCAGGUGACCGUUCAUCCUGUGGGUGGGCGUGGUCUAAUCAGCUGAAGGUCUUAAAAAAGUGAAGAAUGAGCUCUCCACGCAGGAAGGAAUUCUGCCAGCAGAUUACCCUCACACCGAAUCGCUGCAGCUCUUCCCUGGGCCUCCAGCCUGCUGGGCUGCCAUGCAGAUUUUGGACUGAGUAAGCCUCCAUAAUCGCAUGAGCCAAUUCUUAAAACCUCUCUCUUGCUCCUGUUCUGUGUCUCUGGAGGUCCCUGAUGAGUAUGUGUGCUGAAGACCCUGUAUGUUUCCUUACAACAGCCUUUGGAAGGAAAUUCUGCCAUGCUGCCAUUUUGGAGAGAAGGAAAUUUAGGUACAGAGGUCAGGGGACUUCCUGGGGGUAUGGUAUUACUGAGAUGUAAACCCUGGUCUGUCUGAUUCCAAAGCCUGUUCUCUCUCCUUCACCCAGAUGUCCACGGCUAGUGCUGAGCUGUCUUGGAAAGACAUGCUCAGCUGGCCAAAUGAUGACUGACAGGAGCCACUGUGGCCAGUUAGCUUGAGCCCAGGUCUGUGCGCCCUAGCCCAUGCAGGCCAGGUGACUUGUGGAGGGGUGGAAACGUGUGACCUGGCCUGUCCCCCCCAACCUGCCCGUGAUGUAAAAUGGGCUGUUUUGUAAACCACACUGACACCUCCAGGGACAAUAGGCAAUACCCAGAGUGCCCUAGGCUGGAGCACAGAAGGGAAGGGUGGCAACUGCAUUUAUAGUCGUGAGACCGGCAGGCUGUGAAUGUGUUUGAACCGUUGGUGUGACUUGCUCAAGAUCACACUGAGACAGGGUUGGCUAAUUACUAAAUCCUUUAUCUACCUGGUCGCUUAAAGCUUUGGCAGUGACCUUACCAGGUAACUGUGGCAGGACCCACGGAGGUCGGAGGUGGGAUAACCAGCUCAAGCUCAUGCAGCUGGUUAGGAGGAAGGCUCGGGCUUGCACCUGGGUCUGUGGCUGCCCACGGCCCAUGCUCCUCGCCACCUGUUCCACUGGGCUCCUGACUUCCAAGCUCCUCCUCUCCUACUGUUAUUUUAUCCAACCUUCCUCAACCUGCCACCUUUGCCUCCUUUUGGACUAGGGGUGACUCAAAGCUGUUGAUUACCCUGUUCUCUCUCCUCUCCCUCAUCCCCUAGACUUGGUGCUGGUGGCUCUUGAGGGCCCAGUGCUGGCUCGGGGACCUGAGGCCUCUUUGCAUGGUCACCACAGUAAGUCCCUAUGUCUGCGGUGGCCCAAGGAGCCCCUUCAUUUCCCUGCUGUGGCCAGGGCCAGGGCUUGGAGCGUGAACCAUUUGACUGAGGCCGGAUAUCCCUGCCACCACUGUCCCACGGGCCGCCAGUGGAGCAUGCCCUCUAAGGAAAUGAGGGGCCACCUGUGCUGGCUGCAGGUCACCAGGCUGACCCAGAGCCCCUGUUGGCGGGGGGUGGUCAGGGGAAGUGGCAGGAGGCAGACCCACCCUCUCCAGAGAGUCUUAAUUUUCACUAGUUCAUCCCCGCCCCGUUCAUCGUCUUAUUUCCUGGGUGUUCUGUUUAGGGGCCAGAUUAGUAAAUAACAAGAGCCACCAUUGUUUGAACACAGGGUGUGUCCCAGACAUUGGGCUAAAUGCUUCGGGCAUCAUGGCCUUGGAUCCUCAUGGCAAUCUCAUGAAGUAGGUGCUGUUACUCCCAUUUUACAAAGGAGGAAACUGACACCAAUGGGUUAAAUAACUAACAUGCCAGUAGGAAAUAAACAAGCUGGGUUUUAAUCCCACACCUCUGACUCCCAAGCCCUGGGCCAUAACCACCACUGCACGGUGCCCUGGAGCUGGACAGGCGCUGGGCUCAGAUCCCAGCCUUAGCCCCUUGUUCCUGUGCCUUGACCUCCCAGCUUCAGACUCCUCCAGGAGCUGAGGACCAAAUGAAAUAUUUAAAAAUGAAACGCUGCAUCCCAUGGCCUGCCAGGGUGAGGUGCCCAAUCAAUGUGAAAUUUUAAUUUUCAACCCCAACACUUCUUCAUCCUAGAUAUGUGUGUUCCCAGGAAAGAGGAGAAGCCAGAUUUAAAUGAGCACCUAUCAAUAGGCCAAUUGUUUCUACGAAUUAUCUUGGACCGCACCGGCCUGUGAAAUGGUAUUUUAGCCCCAUUUCACAGAUGAGGACUGAGGCUUAAAGAGGAAUCCAUCCGUCCGGGUGUUCUGUGCGUGGAUGGGAGGAGGCACUGCUGCUGUCAUGGCUCUGAACACAACCAGCCAGCCUUGUCCUUCUGUGUCCGGGGGGCUGUCAGCCCCCCUGGAUGAUGGAGCAGGUAUGAAGUGAAGGUGAUAGGCUACAAUCUCAUGCAGGCCAUGCGCUUCGCGGUGGAGGAGAUCAACAAUGACAGCAGCCUGCUGCCUGGUGUGCUGCUGGGCUAUGAGAUAGUGGAUGUGUGCUACAUCUCCAACAAUGUCCAGCCAGUGCUCUACUUCCUGGCACAUGAGGACAACCUCCUUCCCAUCCAAGAGGACUACAGUAACUACAGUUCCCGUGUGGUGGCUGUCAUUGGCCCUGACAACUCCGAGUCUGUCAUGACUGUGGCCAACUUCCUCUCCCUCUUUCUCCUUCCACAGAUCACCUACAGCGCCAUCAGCGAUGAGCUGCGAGACAAGGUGCGCUUCCCAGCUUUGCUGCGCACCACACCCAGCGCCGACCACCACAUCGAGGCCAUGGUGCAGCUGAUGCUGCACUUCCGCUGGAACUGGAUCAUUGUGCUGGUGAGCAGCGACACCUAUGGCCGCGACAAUGGCCAGCUGCUUGGUGAGCGCCUGGCCCGGCGUGACAUCUGCAUCGCCUUCCAGGAGACGCUGCCCACACUGCAGCCCAACCAGAACAUGACGUCAGAUGAGCGCCAGCGCCUGGUGACCAUCGUGGACAAGCUGCAGCAGAGCACGGCACGCGUGGUGGUUGUGUUCUCGCCUGACCUGACCCUGUAUGACUUCUUCAAUGAGGUGCUGCGCCAGAACUUCACGGGUGCCGUGUGGAUCGCCUCCGAGUCCUGGGCCAUUGACCCGGUCCUGCACAACCUCACGGAGCUGCGCCACAUGGGCACCUUCCUGGGCAUCACCAUCCAGAGCGUGCCCAUCCCGGGCUUCAGUGAGUUCCGCGAGCGGGGCCCACAGGCUGGGCCACCACCCCUCAGCAGGAGCAGCCAGAGGUCUACCUGCAACCAGGAGUGCGACAACUGCCUGAACGCCACCUUGUCCUUCAACACCGUUCUCAGGCUCUCUGGGGAGCGUGUCGUCUACAGCGUGUACUCUGCGGUCUACGCCGUGGCCCACGCCCUGCACAGCCUCCUCAACUGUGACCACAGCACCUGCACCAAGAGGGAGGUCUACCCCUGGCAGCUGCUUGAGGAGGUCUGGAAGGUCAACUUCACUCUCCUGGACCGCCAAAUCUUCUUCGACUCGCAAGGGGACCUGGCUCUGCACUUGGAGAUUGUCCAGUGGCAAUGGGACCAAAGCCAGAAUCCCUUCCAGAGCGUUGCCUCCUACUACCCCCUGCAGCGACAGCUGAAGAACAUCCAAGACAUCUCCUGGCACACCAUCAACAACACGAUCCCUGUGUCCAUGUGUUCCAAGAGGUGCCAGUCGGGGCAAAAGAAGAAGCCUGUGGGCAUCCACGUCUGCUGCUUCGAAUGCAUCGACUGCCUUCCCGGCACCUUCCUCAACCACACUGAAGAUGAAUAUGAAUGCCAGGCCUGCCCGAAUAACGAGUGGUCCCACCAGAGUGAGACCUCCUGCUUCAAGCGGCAGCUGGUCUUCCUGGAAUGGCACGAGGCACCCACCAUUGCUGUAGCCCUGCUGGCCGCCCUGGGCUUCCUCAGCACCCUGGCCAUCCUGGUGGUAUUCUGGAGGCACUUCCAGACGCCCAUGGUUCGCUCGGCUGGGGGCCCCAUGUGCUUCCUGAUGCUGACGCUGCUGCUGGUGGCAUACAUGGUGGUCCCGGUGUACAUGGGGCCGCCCAAGGUCUCCACCUGCCUCUGCCGCCAGGCCCUCUUCCCCCUCUGCUUCACCAUCUGCAUCUCCUGUAUCGCCGUGCGCUCCUUCCAGAUCGUCUGCGCCUUCAAGAUGGCCAGCCGCUUCCCACGCGCCUACAGCUACUGGGUCCGCUACCAGGGGCCCUACGUCUCUAUGGCAUUUAUCACAGUACUCAAAAUGGUCAUUGUGGUAAUUGGCAUGCUGGCCACGGGCCUCAGUCCCACCACCCGUACUGACCCCGAUGACCCCAAGAUCACGAUUGUCUCCUGUAACCCCAACUACCGCAACAGCCUGCUGUUCAACACCAGCCUGGACCUGCUGCUCUCAGUGGUGGGUUUCAGCUUCGCCUACAUGGGCAGGGAGCUGCCCACCAACUACAACGAGGCCAAGUUCAUCACCCUCAGCAUGACCUUCUAUUUCACCUCAUCCGUCUCCCUCUGCACCUUCAUGUCUGCCUACAACGGGGUGCUGGUCACCAUAGUGGACCUCUUGGUCACUGUGCUCAACCUCCUGGCCAUCAGCCUGGGCUACUUCGGCCCCAAGUGCUACAUGAUCCUCUUCUACCCGGAGCGCAACACGCCCGCCUACUUCAACAGCAUGAUCCAGGGCUACACCAUGAGGAGGGACUAGUGCCACCCUGUGGCAUCUGGGAGGGAGGGAGGGCCAUGGCAUUGGGAGGUGGAAGCCAGGGGUCUUCCCUGGCUGGUUCAACUCCAGAUGGAAGCAGGGAAGCCAUCCCCAAUUACUCCCACCUUGCCCUGGUUAAUAAUUUAGCAUUCCUUGGAGGUCCUUUGCAUCGGGGCCAUUUUUACCCACUUAGUGAUGGGUGUCUUAAAACAUCCACACUUCAUUGCUUUCCCUUGACCUAUUUUACAUGCCAGGCACUGUCAUCUUCUAGGAAAAAAACUACCCAAGGUGACCUAUUUGUCUCCAAGGACAAAGUCUGAUUUAGCAGCCUACAGCCACCAUCUGGUGGUCGCAGUGGGCACCUGCGAGUUGCAGCUCAUUCCCUUCACUCAUGUUCAAGGCCAAGGGAGGCCUUGGGUGCGCUGGGCUGGGCUGGGCCGGGGUUGGUGUGGGCGGGUGGGGCCUACCAUUCAGCAUGUGAGCUCGGAUAGUGCAGCCAUGGCUCCAUUUGGUAGGUGUCUCACGUGUCCAUUUCCUUUCCUUAUUCCCGAAGCGCUCGGGCCCAGGUCCCUGGGUUAUCUCUAAGGGAUGGCCAGGCAUAGCGUGCUUCCCAAAUGCUUGUGAAUAAACCUCACUUGGGUGAAA